AUUUUGAAGCUGUAAAGUGUCUACAUGGCCGUCAGAAGAGGACACAUUAGAUAUUUAAAAGAAGUAUACGACAUGCCGAAUGGUUACGAGGACCACAUGGGCGAUGAGCCGAGCGAUGCGAAAACCAACCUGAUUAUCAACUACCUGCCCCAGAACAUGAGUCAGGAGGAGCUUCGGAGUCUCUUCAGCAGCAUUGGCGAGGUGGAGUCGGCCAAACUCAUAAGAGACAAGAUGGCAGGCCACAGUUUAGGGUACGGAUUUGUUAACUAUGUUAACCCUAAUGAUGCAGAAAGGGCAAUCAAUACACUCAAUGGCCUGAGACUACAGUCUAAAACUAUCAAGGUCUCGUAUGCCCGGCCAAGCUCUGACAGCAUCAAAGAUGCCAAUCUGUACAUCAGCGGUUUACCCAAGACCAUGACACAGAAGGAUGUAGAGGACAUGUUUACCCAGUAUGGGCAUAUCAUAAACUCGCGCAUACUGGUUGAUCAGGCCUCUGGUAAUAAUUCUGUCCUGCACUCUGCAAUUUUCCAUUUUGAAUGUAUUCUGGGUCUCAACUCAUUUUGGGGGCUUUCUUACUUUUCAGGUCUGUCGCGUGGAGUUGCAUUCAUUCGUUUUGAUAAGAGGUCUGAAGCAGAGGAAGCCAUCAAAGAUCUUAAUGGUUCCAAACCAGCUGGUGCCUCUGAACCAAUCACAGUGAAGUUUGCUGCCAAUCCAAACCAGACCAAGAAUUCCCAGCUGCUCUCUCAGCUGUACCACACUCAAUCCCGUCGGUUCGGUGGACCUGUUCAUCACCAGGCACAGCGCUUCAGGUUUUCACCCAUGAGUGUUGACCACAUGAGCGGCGGCACAGCCUCUGGUAUGAAUGCGUCAAGCAGCUCUUCCUCUGGAUGGUGUAUCUUCAUCUACAAUUUGGGUCAGGAUGUAGACGAAGGCAUCCUUUGGCAGAUGUUUGGUCCAUUUGGCGCUGUCACCAAUGUCAAGGUCAUCCGUGACUUUAACACCAACAAAUGCAAAGGGUUUGGGUUUGUUUCCAUGACAAAUUACGAGGAAGCAGCAAUGGCCAUCGCCAGCCUGAAUGGAUACCGCAUGGGAGACAAAGUCCUACAAGUGUCAUUCAAAACCAGCAAGUCUCAAAAGUAAAGGGAGUGGUUGUUUUUUUUGUCAUAAGAGAACCCGAAAGAAGGUUUGUCUGAAGAUUUCAUUGUUGACUGUCUACAUAAACAUACUCAUACAUUGUGUUGGGGUGAAAUAAGUGCUAGUGUUUUACUCUGGGGGUUGAGAAAAAACCCUGGACAAUUUAAAAGAUUAAGCUAUAUAUCUAUAUAUAUCUAGUGUGUUUUUUUUUUGAUAAAUUAUGAUGCCUUAAAGAUAUCAUGGCAUUGUUGCUCUUUCCUUCUAAUCCCUCUUCCCUUAAUCCCUCUGGACUUCUUGGUCCUGUUUUCUUCAUUAUAUUAUAUUGUGAAAGCUUUUAGCUUUAUUGUCAGUACAACCUACACGUCCCAGACUCUUCUAGACAUUUGUAAAUAGUGACCAGUCCCAUUCUUCAGUGCUCUUGCUCACCCAUCUGUAAGGUAAAAGAACGUUGGAAGGACCAAAGAACUUGGUGUAAAGCAAAUGCCUUUUAAGUGUUUUAGUUUUCCUGUUUGGUAGUUCAAUCUAAAACCGCAAGUAUUGUCAUCUAGGAUUUCUUUUUUUUUUUUUUUUCCACUGCAGUUUGCAUUGCUUUUAAAAUCAAGUUAUUUUGUUUGAUAUUAAAGUUUUUUUUUUUGGCAUUUAACAGCAUGUUUCUUUUUGUUUUGUCUGUCUUGUUUUAUUUGGAAGGUGGUUGAAAGGAGCAUUUUAAAAUUUUAGUUUUUUCAUUCUCUUUUUAAGCUGCAUUGAAUUCACUCCCUAAAUUGUGUUUAAGGUCUAGGACAAAUUCUGGAUACAUUUGAGGCUGAUAGGAGCAGAGUUGUAGGCACAUGGCUGAAAGUUUAAGUCUAGAAUUACACAUUUCCUUGCGGAAUUUACAUUAAUAGUGCAUUUUAAUGUAGUGUUUUAGUCUGUACUUAGUCAAUCCUAAAUGCAGCUUCGUACGUUUUAAUGUGAAAUUAGAAAUCUCUAUUUGAGACCUUGUCAUGUAGAGCCACACAAAGGUGAAGAAUUGUGUUUUAUUGUUCUCAAGAUAUCACAUGGUACUAGUAAACAUCCAGUUUGCAGAUCAGCACUAUACUUUGUGUGCAUGUUCAUUUGUCGGUAAGUAUGACAUCAGUAAUUGUUCACGUCAUGCUUUGGGUCUUUACUGGUAGUGUGACCUAAAGUCUUGUAGCAAGAUGUUCCAUGUCUUUCAUUCAAAUAAAUGCCAUUUUGUUGUAAAAA